UGAGCAUUUGUGGCAUUGUUUUGCUAUCACCUCUGGUUCUGAGCACACCGACGCGCAGCGGAUUUCCGUUGCAGUUAAAGAAAAAGCGAGCGAGAAAAGAAAACCGCGAGGGUUGAAGCGCGGAAAGGAAACAAAGCGGGGACAGAGAGGGGAGAGAGAGAGAGAGAAGCAGAAACCGGGCUUCUCUUGUGUGUGUUUUUUUUGUUUUGUCUGUGCGUUGUUUUUUUUAAAAACCACAUGGCUCCUCCAGCUAGGAGCUAGCCGCUGAGGGCUGCUGCUGCUGCUGCUGCAGCGUUCCCAACGAGGGCGCCAGCUUGAGCGAGUCACACGCUGCACACAUCCCCGCGCGCUGGAGAGCGAGAGGGCGAGAAGAGCGCGCGCAGGGGAAGGAAGGAAGCGGCCAGAGAGAGGCGGCUGAGGGGAAAGGCGCUCCAGAGGAGCGAGCAGCCGCUUGCGCGGGCCAGCGGUGGCGCUUCCCUGAGAGCAAGGAGGGGAGACGGUUUGCAGCCGCUGCGUCUCCUCCCUCCUCCUCCUCCUCUCUCAGGGAAGAGGGAGGGGCGCACGAAAGGCCCCCCUGUCUCUCCUUCUCCUCGCCCCUCGCCCACCCGCGGCGCUGCUAAGAUGUACCUUGGGCGCUGCGCGGUUGCAGCUGAGCAGCGAUGACAUAUCCUUCCUCCGACCUCACCAUGGACAGCUUCGACCUGGCUCUCCUGCAGGAAUGGGACCUGGACUCCCUCUGUGUCUAUGACCCUGACAGAAAUAUGCUGCGCAGGAAAGAAUGGGAAAGGAGAAAUCAGGAGACCCAGCACGAAGAUGGCAUAUUUAAUAACAGCUACUCCCUCUUCAGUGAGCCAUACAAGACUAACAAAGGGGACGAGCUCUCCAGCCGUAUCCAGAAUACCCUGGGCAACUACGAUGAGAUGAAAGAACUGCUGACGGAUCGAUCCAAUCAAAGUCACCUUGUUGGUGUUCCAAAGCCGUGUAUCUCACAAACGUCUGUGACCAAAGCUGAGGAACACUUCAUUACUGACACAAAGCCCCACACUCACGCUUCUCCAUCUUCCUUACCAGCGGCACUUUCUGGGCAGUUGAGCAAGAACGCUGCAAUGGGUUGGCAGAAGUCUGGGCACACUCUGGAGAACCAGCAAAGGGGAAGCAAACAUAGACAUGGAUUGCCGGAUGCACACAAUAACGACUUUAAAACGGUCAGCCAAAAGAACAGUUUAGAAAAGAUUACACAUUAUGCAUCCAAUCCCUCAUCACCAUCUCCGUCGAGUGUUGCCCAAGGUCCUUUAUCGUCUUCGCUUGGGGACAACAGCAGAACACAACAGCAGCCGUCAAAGCUGAGCUUUGGUGGAGAAGGUGGAGCUCAGGCUCAGGAGAGGCCAGCUAUGCAUAGCAAUGGACACUGUGUGCAGAACUUUCCUCCUUCCCUUGCUUCGAAGCCCAGUAUAGUUCAGCAGAAACCAACAGCAUAUGUAAGGCCAAUGGAUGGUCAAGAUCAGGCUCCUGAGGAGUCUCCAAGAUUGAAGGUGCCAGCUGAAACUAGCCUGCUCUGCACCUCAUAUAGAGGAAUGCCUUCUGCCAAAGCUGACUCAGCUAGGACCAAGUCAAAACUGACAAAAUUUAAUAUUCCCAAACAAGAAGAGGACAAUGGGGGAGGAGAUGACAGCUGCGUUGAAGAAAUUUUACGGGAAAUGACCCAUUCAUGGCCUCCGCCACUUUCUGCUAUUCACACACCUGGCAAAGUGGAACAAAACAAGUUUCCUUUCACCAACAAGGACUCCCAGCAGCAUGUCUCUACGGGGCACAGCAAUCAAAGAAAAGGUGAUGUUGAAUCAAAGAAUCCAGAAAACAGUACAUCACAUACAUCGAUGUUAGAAGAUGACCUCAAGUUGAGCAGUGAUGAAGAGGAGAACGACCAGCAGGCAGCACAGAGAUCUGCUCUCCGGGUUCUAUCCGACAGCACCACUGUGCAGCAGUCCAGCUGCAGGAUUUCGGGGAUCACCAGCAAGUGCUCCAGCAGCAGCAGCUCCAGUGAAUCUGAGAGCAGUUCAGAAUCCGACUCAGAGAGUGAAAGCAGUUCUACCGAGAGCGACAGCAAGAAGCCCUCUCAUUACUCCAGCCCAGAGCCUGAACAGCCAUCGUCAAACAAGUGGCAGCUGGAUAAAUGGUUAAAUAAGGUUACUUCACACAAAGCACCUAUUCUGAACCAAAACGGACUGGAGCUCUUUCAGUGUUACAGCAAAGGGAAAGAUGAAGGGCAAGACUGUGAACAUUUACCUCCCAUUUGCCAAACCGGUCUCAGAGAUAAAGAGGUUAAGAAUCCCAGCAAGGAGGACCUGAGGCCUAGGACAGCUAACAAAGCCCCGGGGCAUAAAGGAGGGAAGCAGAAAUCGCCUCCUUCGGCUGCUGCCAUUUCUGGAGAUAGUGGUCCUCUGAGGAGGACAGCCUGCAAAAAACAGCCAAGAAGGACAGAGAGGACCUCUGGUGGUGAUAUCUUAAAUGGCCAUGCAGCUGAUGAUCUUGACUUGAACCAAGUACAUUUGGAAAAUAAUAGCACAUGUGAACAACCUAAAACCAGGCCUUGCAACAACAAAGCUGAGCACAGGAAGGAAACACAUGCUGCCUGCGAAAAGAGGCGUACAAGGGGGUCAGGUAAAACAGCACCCAAAUCCAAGGAAUUUAUUGAGACAGAUUCUUCGUCUUCAACGUCCUCAGAUACAGAUUCUCAGUCGGAACAAGAGGAUUACCCUUUACACAAGCCUCAGACUGUGACCUCAGCAUCAGCUGGAAAUGACCAGAAGCUGAAGGACCCUGGGAAUAAUAAUACCAACAAAGCAAACAGCAGUUGCAGUGCCUUUGGUUCAGUUAACACCAGGACUAGUAACGAUAUAGCAAAGGAACUGGAAGAGCAGUUUUACACCCUGGUUCCAUUCGGUCGGAACGAGCUCCUAUCUCCCCUGAAAGACACAGACGAAGUGAAAGCACUUUGGGUCAAAAUUGAUUUGACUCUUUUGACCAGAAUACCACAGCACUUACCUGAGGAGCCACUGCAAAUUAAUGCUGGAGUUAAAGAAGCAAUCAGUAUGCAGCACAACAUUGUUACUGAUCUGCCAGCAGAAAAGGUCAUCCCCAAAUCUAGAAGGAAACGCAAGUAUGAAAAUGAGGAAGAAAACAGGGAGAGCAAGAAGGUUCACACUGAGCAAGAGUGCUCUUCACAUUUACUUGCUUCGGCCCAAGUUGCUUCAGCACCAAAUAAUUGCAAUAUGAUUAAAAACAGCUUGGCAACACCAAUAAAUAAAAAUGAGAAAAUGCUUCGAUCGCCUGUUUCACCCAUCUCUGAUGCAUCAAAGCACAAAUUCUCUGGUGAUGAUCUAACUUCUUCUAGCAAGCCUCAGGGUGGCAACCUAUUAUCUUCCAUAUCCUCAGUAAAAAAACACAAGAAUGAGAUUCGAUCCCACUUGCACCAAGGAGAUUUCAAUAAAGCAAUGUACAUCAAUUCAGAAAAUUCUGUACUCUGUAGCAAGGCGCAGUGCCAAAAAGAGCCCUGGUCACCUGUAUCUAUUAUGCACAAAGACUGUAGAAGAACAAAGCUUAUCUUUAAUGAUGGGCCACACAAUGUGGAACACUUUAUGCAAGAAGCUAAAAGGAAGAAGCAUAAAGCAGAUGCGAUGGUGGAGAAAUUUGGCAAGGCGUUAAAUUAUGCUGAAGCUGCACUAUCUUUUAUUGAAUGUGGGAAUGCUAUGGAACAAGGACCCAUGGAAUCCAAAUCCCCCUACACAAUGUAUUCAGAAACAGUUGAACUUAUUAGGUAUGCUGUGAGGCUAAAACCCCACUCAGGCCCUAAUGCUAUUCCAGAAGAAAAACAGUUAACGACAUUAUGUUACCGCUGCCUGGCAAUUCUAUAUUGGAGAAUGUUUCGACUCAAAAGAGACCAUGCUGUAAAAUAUUCAAAAGCACUUAUUGAGUAUUUCAAGAAUUCAUCUAAAGUUGCUCAAGUACCGUCUCCCUGGGGUGCCAGUGGAAAGUAUACGGGAACACCCUCUCCAGUUUCACCCAGCCCAUCCCCUGUGAGUUCUGUAGGGUCCCAGGGAAGCACUAGAGCCCCCUCCCCCUCCUCCAUCAUCAGCAUUCCACAACGGAUUCACCAGAUGGCAGCCAAUCACGUCAGCAUCACCAACAGCAUCUUGCACAGUUAUGACUACUGGGAGAUGGCUGACAAUCUUGCCAAGGAAAACCAAGAUUUCUUUAAUGAUUUGGAUGUACUGAUGGGACCUGUCACCUUGCACAGCAGUAUGGAACACCUGGUACAAUACACCCAACAAGGACUUCACUGGAUAAAGAGCAGUGCUCAGUUGUCAUAAUAACUGUGGCUUCAUCUGGACACUAGACUCUCUCACAGACAAUUCAGUUAUUCUAGACACUGUGCUACAGAAAUACGCAACCACAGCAUUGCUUCAAACAAAUGUGAACCUUUCUUUAACAUGGAACAAUUUUUUUCCCAGAGUACAGAAAUAGGUGUGUAUGUAUAUUAUGCAAUGUUUGUCUCUUCCGAUGCAUUAUACUUUAAUAGUCUCCAAAUAUCACUUCUUUACAGAAGAAAACUAAACAUAGGUGUUUUAGAACAAAUCCUCUCACAUAUAUACAAACACACACGUACACACACACGUACACACACACACUCCUCCAAUAGAAAACUAUGGCUUGAUUUAUCCAGGUAUAAUAAACAUUGCAUCUUAUUCAGAAAUGUCUUUUCUAUGUGAUAUUAAGUGUGUUCAUAAAUCUCUGCUUAGCUUUUCUGAAAAGAUGUGGUUUCGUAAACUAGGCCAAGUGCAGUUUCAUAGGCAGAUUUGCUCUAUCAUAAACUAUGUUUAGUCUGUGAUUUACAUUUUAACAGAGAUGACCAAUUUCUGUUCCUUGGGAGCUCUUCUGUUUGCCAGACAAUAGUCUGGAUACCCGUUUGCAUGGAAACGGACAUUCAUCCCUCCCCGCCAGGACCAGCCCCUCAUAAGGCAGGGUCCACCUGGCGCAGCAGAUCCUGAUGUUGAUCUUUCUUCUCUUCCCCCACCUUUGUUCCUGAUGUAGAUCUACCCUGACCCCCUUCUUCCCUUGUGUGGGGGGCACUGGGGACACCAUUUGGGGAUCUGCCUCAAGUGCCAAAAUGUCUUGAACCUGCCCUGCUCCCAUGAGCCUUAUGAAUGGUUAGGCUCCAUAUACGUUAGCGUUUAGCAGUAAGGGAUUCCUAGUAACAGAACAUCUGCACUCAGACACAACAGCAUAUACAAUAAACAUACACAAUCACAAUGAUGCCGUAUUAAAGUGUGAAACAUGUUUAUUACUUA